AUACCGAAACAACGACACGCAUCGCAGGAACAGCGCAAACUGCAGCGUAGCGGACCCGCUGGGGUUCCCUUUGAAUUCGAGCUCGCGAGCGCCACGACGAGUUAAAUGUGCCCCCCUAUCACAGUAGGAGAAGACCGCUGUGUGUAACUUCCAGCACACGUUGAUCGUUGUGCGCAGCAGAAAGGGCAGUGUGCGUAUAUGUGUGUGUGUGUGUGUGUAUACUCUGGAUGUGGGACUGAGUUCAUUCUCGCUGCCCUGGGCUCGUAUUACAAAGACAGGAGAACGAGGGAGUGCACGGAGGAGAGAGUUCCGCUAUGCAAACUGACAGCAUCGUAUGUCUUGAUUCCCGAGAUCUUGAAAGAAAACAAAGGGGCCGAAGUGUGUGACUUUAAAAAAAAACUAAAAACUAGCAAAAUAAUGGAAUAAUCUAGAUUUACUGUGUUUUGCCGGACUAACGAUAACGUGUGGAAAACGGAUACGAAUUCGCUUAGACGUCAGUUUACGGACAUAGCCAGACACGGUGAAUAUUGCUUUUAUUACAGAAGCAGUGGACGGAACGCCGCGCAACAGUGAGCACGCCGUAAAGGUCACUGUGAAACAGACGGACGGGAGGCCGCUCGUCUUCCUCGCCUGCCUUGCACCUUCCAGCCACAGAGCCCCCAUAAGUUUGAGGAGGCGGAGUCAGAGCAAUGGGCGGGGCAAGAGUCCUGCUGUUGUUGCUCCUGAUUGGUUGGGGAAAGGUCAUGUGUAUAAACUGGAACCCAAUCCCACGCAAGACCAUCAAACACAGUGAUGUGUGCGACAGCGUGGCCCGGUUUCGGGCGGCGGGGGUGUGGAACUACACCAUGGUGACGCUGGGGGAGCACGACCGCGUCCUCUACGUGGGGGCCCGCGAGGCCAUAUUUGCCCUGGACCCCAGUGACAUCAGCAGGCAGCUCCGACCCCAGAUUGACUGGGCAGCCCCACAGGAGAAGAAGAAGGAGUGCGUGACCAAGGGCAAGAACAACCAGACGGAGUGCUUCAACUACAUCCGUUUCCUGCAGAGCUACAACCACACUCACCUGUACACCUGUGGCACCUACGCAUUCCAGCCCACCUGCACCUACAUUAAUGCAGAUCGCUUCACUUUGGACAGCGCCGCCCUGGAGGAUGGGAAGGGAAAGUGUCCAUAUGACCCAGCCAAGGGCCAUAUUGGGCUGCUGGUUGAUAAGGAGCUGUACUCCGCCACCGUCAACAACUUCCUGGGGACGGAGCCGGUGAUCCUGAGGAACCUGGGACCGCACCACAGCCUGAAGAGCGAGUCCUCCAUCUGGCUCAAGGAGCCGGACUUUGUGGGCUCGGCGCUGGUUCCGGAGAGCAGCGGGAGCAGGGAGGGCGACGACGACAAGAUCUACUUCUUCUUCAGCGAGCACGCGGAGGAGCUGGCCUGCGACAGCGAGGUCACUGUGGCACGCGUGGCCCGGGUCUGCAAGGGGGACCAGGGGGGCACGCGCACCCUGCAGAAGAAGUGGACCACCUUCCAGAAGGCCCGCCUCGUCUGCUCCCUCCCUGAGCGUCACGUGACCUUCAACAACCUGCGCGCGGUCUUCACCCUGCCCGGCCCGGACUGGCGGUCCACGGCCUUCUACGGCAUCUUCCACGCCCAGUGGGGCGACGUGGACGUGUCGGUCGUGUGCCGGUACCACAUCGGCGAGGUGAAGAGUGUGUUCGACGGGCCGUACAUGGAGUACCGCGAGGCCUCUCAGCGGUGGGACCGCUACACGGGCCCCGUGCCCAGCCCCCGCCCCGGGUCGUGCAUCACCAACUGGCACCGGGAGAACGGCUUCAACAGCUCCCUGCAGCUGCCCGACUCCACGCUCAACUUCGCCAAGAAGCACCCGCUGAUGGAGCGGGCCGCCGCGGCGCGCCCCCUGCUGCUCACCAAGGGCAUCAACUUCACCCGGCUGGCGGUGGACCGGGUCAUCGCCCUGGACCAGAAACCCUACAGCGUGCUCUUCGUCGGGACAGCUGAGGGAUGGCUCCAGAGGGCCGUGGUCCUGGACUCCGAGGCCCACGUGAUCGAGGAGAUCCAGCUGUUCGACCACCCCCAGCCCGUCGACAGCCUCACCAUCUCGCACUCAAAGAAGUUCCUGUACGUCGGCUCGCGCUCGGAGGUUCUCCAGCUCCCGUUGGCUAACUGCAGCCGGUACCAGUCCAGCCCCGACUGCCUGCUGUCCCGGGACCCCUACUGUGCCUGGGACAGCGAGGGGCGGGUCUGCAUCCGCAUCGACCUCCACCGCGGCUCCACCUCCACCCUGACCCAGGACCUUGCCCUGGAUCGCUUCAUCCAUAAGGCCAAAUUCGACAAACCGGUUUUCAUUCCCAGCUCAGACCCCUCCCGACCGAAGAACGUGACGGUGGUCGUCGGUUCCGACCUGGUCCUGCCGUGCCACCUGGUGUCCAACCUGGCCCAGCCCUCCUGGCUCCUGAACGAGAGAGAGCUCCCCCUGGGGGGCGGCGAAGGAGGCGCAACGGAGCCACGAUUCGACCGGGCCCUCCGGGCUCUGGUCAUCCCCAACGCCGGCCCCCAGCAGGCGGGCCGCUACACCUGCUACUCCGAGGAGCAGGGCGUGAAGUUCACGACGGAGCGCUACCUGGUCGCCGUGGUGGCCAGCGCCCCCGUCUUCAUGGAGGCGCGCGCUCCGGACGGCAGCAUGGGGCUGUUCUGGGUGCUGGUCAUCACCCUGGGCGCCGUCUGCCUGCUGCUGAUGGGCCUGGCGCUGUACCUGCGGCGCAGGCUCAAGCUGGCCCUGGGCAAAGGGGCGGAGAUGAAACCGCUGGAGAGCACCCUGGUCUACCCCAUCACCCUGCCCAAGGAGCCGCCCACGUUCGUGCCCAGCAAGAUGGCGGGCGACGAGGACCGCUUCUGGGAGACGGGCGCCAACUACUACUACUCGGACGGGUCGCUGAAGAUCGUGCCGGGCCACGCCCUCUGCCCCAGCAGCACGGGGCCCGUCACGCCCAGCGCCAUCCCCGGCCAGCCAAUCCACUCCCCCAGCCGGCUCAGCCUCACCAACAUCCGCGGCUCCGGCAGCAACGGCUACAUCCGGCUGAACCUGAGCUCGGCGGGGGAGGAGAGGGGCGGCGGGGGCCCGCUGGGCGGCGGCCUGGGCGGGGUGGGGAACGAGUACUCCAGCCCCUUCAAGGAGGAGCUCCGCCGGACCCUGCAGCAGAGAAGCGUGCUGCCGGACGCCAAUCCCGAGGAGUCGUCGGUGUAGCUCCGCCCCCCCCCUCCCACUCGGCGUCGGCGAAAAAAGCCCCUGCGACUGCAACUCUUUUCAAAAAAAAUUAAAAACUUAAAAAAAAGAAAAAAGACAACGGCAACUAACCUACCUCCCUCCAUUAUGGAGCGCCCGCCCCUCCUCCUCCUCCUCAUCUUCUCUCUCGCCGUUCACGCGCUCUCUCGCCCAAUUUUUUCGACUCACUCUCGCUCGGACCCCGUCUCGCGCCCCGGUCGGGCCCGGCGGAAGCCUGCAUGCGGCCGUUCGUUUGGACAGCUGUGCCUCCGCCGCCUCCUUCGAAAGCGUCGCGGUCACGUUCUUCGCCGCCUCAUUAACGUCUAACAACUGUGUAAAUUCUGUAAUUAGAGACAAGAGGAGUUCUCCUCGGGCACGGUGAUCCGGCACAGGGAGGUGAGGAAGGAUCCGUACGCCGGGAGCGACUGGAGUGUGUUGGACUCGACUGUCGUCCAAUCGGGACGCCGAGAACGUUCUGGGACUGCGACAGAGCCAAUCGGCGAGUGACACAGGCUGCAUGAGAAUGGACCACUUCAAUUUCUGAUGUUCUGAAUUCCUUUCAAGCUUUUCUGCACUUAAAAGGGGGCAAGACUGAACGUCUGUUCUGUUGGGAACAGAGAGAGAGAGAGAGAGAGAGAGAGAGAGAGAGAUACAAAGAACAAAAUAAAACUGAAAAUGAAAUGACAAUCAUGUCCUCCCCCCCCCCUCCACCACCCCACCAGGAGGUGCACCUUGGGGGUGAAAGAAGGGAGAGAUGGAGAGGUUUAAAUGAGCUUGGUGAGAAAGAGACAGGGUGUUUUUUUUUUUAAAUGAAGGACAGCACUCAGACUUUCUCAGCAAUUCUGUUUGUACUUUGAAAUCUUUUCCUUUGAGAUUGUCUUUUGGCUCCUGUGAUAUUAAUAUAUUGUGAUGAUGUUAAUUAAGACGCCUUUUUCAAAGGAACUGUGUUAUUUUCUAUCUCUUUGGACCCUCGGGGCAAAAAAAAAAAGAAAAGAAAAUGGGCGACAAAGGACCAUUGAAGCACCUGUCGUUCUGAAUGAAUAUGUGGGUUUGCCUCCCGCCCACCUUUAUUCCUGUCUGCCGGGCCUGUUUCCCAGUCUCCCCGAAUACCGUUCCCAGAAAGCAUUUCAGCAAGUCUCGUGUGCUGCUGCAGACCUUUAUCUUUGCCUUUUUUUUCCCUCGUGUUAUCAUAGACGUUCAAUUUUAAAAGCUAACUUGUGUAAACGAAGCUCUCUCCACGUUUAGUGUGGGAGGACUCAUGGUUUUAUUAUGCGGGCUGGAACGAAACAAAAACAAACAAAAGAGUUUUUAUAAAAUCAAUAUUUCAGAUGAAGGCUUCGCUGUGCAUGGGGUGCGUGGGCAGGAGUACUAUGUGGAAAGUAAGCAAGCUUAAUUUAAAAUGUUAUUUUGCAGCUGAACUGGCUGUCUCAACAAGUGCUUUAUUGUACGUGUUUGGUGGUGGUGGUGGGGGGGGGAGAUGGCUAGAACUGCCAAAAAACAUGGCCUUUGGCUCCGCCCCUUUUGCACCCCUUUUGCCAAAUUAGGUGUCUGCAGUGUUUCCUCAAGAGGUGGGCCUACAGCACCACCCCGGGACGAAGCCCCGCCCCCUCUAUUUUGGGGGGGAAUGGAAGAGCGGUCAUGGGGGAGGACGGACAACCGGGGCGCUCUCUGGACAGACAGACAGACAGACAGAGAGAAGAGAACGCUCCAGUGAUGACCUUCAUGGCCUGUCUGCACAGGGGGCAGAUUUGUAUCCACAGACAGCCGCAGGGACCCUGAAAAAAUGAAGACUUUACCUGGAGCAAGGUGCUAACGCUAAAGACGAAAUGAGUGAAAUGGAGAUGGAGAAUGUUGAACUGAGUCCCCGGUGGAGAGGCACACAGAAUGACCACUGUGGUUUAUUAUAGUGUUGCAUGCUGUACAGCAAUCAUCCUGGCUAAGUAUUUGCAAUGGUCAUAAUGGUUCAAAUGCAUACCUUAGCGGUAUGCACUUCAGUCUAAUAACCAGAUUUAUUCAUUGUUAUUUUAUUAUUGAUUUGGCGCCAACCGUGGGGCUGAACAUGUCCGAUUCCCUCCCUAAUUUGGAAUGUCUAGUUGACUAUUUGUAGCCCCAUUCAUUUUCCUCAAACAAGACCAGGUCGAAACCUAGUAUAUGGCUGGACCGAACCUGGUGUAACUUUAUCAUUCAGUCACUCAGUCACAGACAUGCGCGGUGUAACUUCAUCACUCAGUCACUCAGUCAGUCACAGACAUUCACGUUUAUAGGGCUGGCCCCGCUGUUGCGGUCCAGCCAAAAAAAGUGGGGUCGCCAGCUGCUUCUUUUCACACCGCGGACUACAGCUAAGCUCGCACAGAGUGGAGUCAGAGGAAGACCUUUCAUAUGUAGCUUUGGCAUGCAGUCCACGGGCAUCCAGUUGACCUGGUGGGGUCACCAAGUGAUCAUACGUGUCUCGUGGCGUAGCCUGUAGAGCACUGUCCACAUGCUCAUUACGAGCCGUGAUGUUGGCGGUUCGAGUCCCUUUGUCGCACGUCUCUCCCUCUCUCUUCCCUGUUCUUCCUGUCUCUCUACACUGUCCUAUUCAAUAAAGCUGAAAAAAAAAAAACCCAAGUGAUCACCGGUGAUACACAGUCCCCUAACCAACGGAUACCUCCCAUACCCUAGGUGACACAAACCCCAAAUUGCGCAUGGACUUUUGGACCUUUACCAGCCACAGUUGGCGCUGGGAUGGUCCAGAUUUGAUCCGAGCGUCUUGGGGCCCAUUCAGGCACUACAGUAUGAUGCCUUAGCCGAAUGAGCCACCCAGCAGCCCUGAAUUUAUUGCAUGUUAGUUAGACAGUGAACCUAUUAUUGCCAUGUUUCAUAGUGCCUCUUCACCGUGGGACGGGCCAAAGUAAGACUGCAGAUUGUGGUUGUUCGCCAGAUGGUUUCUUAUUUAUUAUUGAUUUUGCGUUUUGUAUUUUAAGUUGUGAAAGUCCGUCCAUGACGCUGACCGAAGCUGUGCUUUGUGAUUGCUUUGUUUCUCUACUGUUCUCUACAGCUUCGCUGUGUGGUCACCACUUUUCGGUUUCUAUGCUUUUAUCAGAUAGCAAGAAAGAAAAAAAAAGAACAACAUGUCACUUAUUCUAUUUUCUGAAACGGGAGGCUGUGUUUUUCUCAGCUCAGAGCAAGGAAGGUCCCAUAUUUCUGAAUUGGUGGUUCUGACUAAGAAAACGUUCAAAGUAUUCAAAGGUUGUGACAGUCAAUUAUUUUGCAGACUGUGGAUUCUUCUAGCCCUUUAACUGUUUGAUGCCUGUUUACAUUUUUUUAAAGAAAAUCUCUUAAUGGUCAAUGAUGUUUCAGAUGAUAUUCUAAUGAUUGUGAAUUUUUUUUUUUCAGGGCAGUUAUUUAUUUUGUUUGUCUUAAAAAAAAGAACCAAAAUGGUUUUACAGGGAAGCAAUUGCAUGCAAACAAUUGCACUUGUGCUUACUCUUGACUACAAGUAGAAUGUAACGGACCAUCCAAUUGGCAUGCAAAAGGCUCAAAGAAACUGACUUUGACUGAAGCUGUAUGAUUCCAUUUUUUCUUGGAGGGUAUUUAAACCCGGUUAUGUAUUUACAUUUAUGCAACAAAAAAAAAAAACAGAAGCUCAUUCAAACAAUGCCUUCCACUCCAGUCUUUUUAAAUAUGAUUUUUUUUCCUUCUCUGCAGCUUUAGUUCUGUAUUUCAUAAUUGUUUUGCAUUUGUUCUUCUGUUUCCAAAAGAUUCUGUUGUUUGUUUUAUCUUUUUUUUUUUACGGGAUUAUGUUGUUUAGUAACUUAUUUUGCCUGUACAAAUGUCCAUAUUUAUUACCAGUGUACAUAAUUCCUUAUUUUUUAUAUAUAUAAAUAAAUGUAGAGAUCACUUCA